AUGGAUCCGUUCAAAAUCAAAUACAACGAAAUCAAACCCCACACCUGCGUCAAACGUCACUCAAAAGUCAACAGUAUGUCUGGUGACACGCCGAAUUCGCAUAAACACGAACUUAUCCUCUUUUUAGAGGGUAGAACGCCCGUCCAACCGACCACCCCCGUUCUACCGCCCGCCUCCAAAGACGUCGCCGUCCAAAGCGACAACAACCGAACCUUCUGCCCUUAUUCAGCGGCCAUUUCCACCAACGAACGAUGCAGAGAUGAAGACGACAAAGGCACUUGUUCACCUCUAAUAACCAACAGCACCUUCGACGACAGCCGCAGCUCCGACAACGACAGAAUACAAUCAGUAGACACUUCUCCAUCGCCGCCCAAAACCGAAGGCACCAGGAAAAAACUCAAACUAAGCAAGAAGCACAAGGGCAAAUACAAGAUCACACAGGACGAUGAAGAUUGGACGGUGAAUUGCUUGUACUACACUCUGCAGUGUUGCGAAUGCACUAUUAUUUGA